AUGUCUCCCAAGCAAAGGAAGAAAGCAUCUCCCCGUGUGAAAAAGCAGACUUCAUCUGGCUCCGAUUCUUCUUUGACAUCCCCCGUAAUACCAUCAUCAGCAACCAAUUACCGUGAAAUCCACCUCAAUGAGGUGGAAGCACUCCGUUCAAUCUAUGGCGAUGAUUAUCAAGAAGUGGAAACGCGGCGGACAGCAUGGCAGCAAUCGUCCAAUGUAACAUUCAAACUUCAUCUCCGUGCUUCCUCGAACCCAGAGCCCUACCUGGUGCUUCUUGUAGAGCUGCCAGCUACGUACCCCAAAACAACUCCGAAUCUGGCUUUACAGAAGCUCGACGAUCUCCGCGAAAACGCUCGGUCACGAAUCCAGAAGAUCAUACGGGACAAACCGAAACAGCUGCUCGGCAGCGAAAUGAUUUUUGAGCUAGCUGUGUCUAUUCAGGAUGUCUUGGAGGACGUUGCGCAAGCACGCGAGCAUGACAAGGACCUGCCGAGUCUCGAGGAGGAGCGCAUAGAGCAAGAGGCCGCUGCCAUUCACCGUGCCGAGCUUGAAAAACAAGAAGAAUUGCGAAAGCGCGAGGCUGCGCAAGCAGAAGAAGCACGUGCAUUACAGCUGAUGCUUGAAGACCGGGCGCGACAGCGAAACAAGGCUCAACUUCUGCGAAGAAAAAGUCGGACUGGUGGUGUCGAGUCGAGUGAUGUUGAGGAUUUGGUUGAAAAUACCCCAGGCGCCAUUCGCUUCGAUCCUCCGAUCACGGUUGGCGAUACCGAUGACAAGCCCCUUUUCUUCCGUGCCGUCCACGCCAAAACGUUGCUACAAAGCAGACAAGGAAAGAAGGCUUUCACUGUGAGACCCGUCGUUCCUGAAGAUAGGUGCCACGUGCCUCUGCUUGUGCUCAAAGAAAUCACACUCAGCGAGAAACGCUCAAAUACCCCUGCUGUUCGAGAGCAAAUAAGAUCUAGCGAGGACAAACUGGAAGGCUUGAAGAGAUUGCGGCAUCCAAAUCUUGUCGAUUUUCUCGGGUUCAAAAUCAUUCGCCCAUCUACCAAUCUUGCGUCGGCCGACAAUGCCUGGACAGUUCUGACUCUCGUGGAAUUUGCGAAUAAGGGCUCUCUACUGGAGCUCCUCGACAUCGUAGGGACCGUUGCUGUUGAAACUCUGCGUGGCUGGAUGAUACAACUUCUUGAGGCAUUGGAAUUUUAUCAUCGUAGUGGCUUCGUUCAUGGUAAUAUCCAUUGCGGUCGCGUCAUGCUGAAUCGGAGUCCCUCCGGAGGCACAAUUGUCAAACUUGAAGCCGGCGUCGAAGAGGCAUUACCUGAGUCUCCUGGUGCGAAGCGAUCACUGACCACGUCGAAGUCUCCGUUAUGGUUCCCCCCUGAGCUAACUCACGAAGGGGCUACCCCAAGCAUGAAGACCGAUGUCUGGGAUCUUGGAAUCAUUCUACUGCAAAUGGCGUUUGGCAAAGAUGUCCUCCUGCGGUACACAUCGGCCAACCAGCUGAUGGUGUCGUUGGGCCUGUCCCCUCCAUUACAAGACUUGCUAGGGGAAUUUUUCCGACCCGAUCCCAAGAAGCGACCUACUGCCUUCCAGCUCCAACCAUCGGAAUUCUUCCGCGUGGACGCACCUCUUACGGUGCGUGACAGGUCGUCCAAUUCGGUAUCAAUGCAACGCCGACCGCGCUUGGACUCAUUUGGGGCCAUGCCGGCCUUUUCCAGGUACCACCAGGACUUUGACGAAGCCGGCCACCUGGGCCGAGGUGGUUUCGGGCAGGUCGUUAAAGCGAGGAACAAGCUGGACGGGCGAUUCUACGCCGUAAAGAAAAUUUCUCAAACAUCUUCGGCGGCUCUGAAGGAUACUCUUUCUGAAAUCAUGCUUCUCUCAAGGCUGAAUCAUCCUUAUGUUGUGCGAUACUACACCGCAUGGUUGGAGGAGGACUUCAAUCAGGUCGAAGAGGAAGCGAUCUCUUCAACUGAAGGCGAUCCAUUCUCAAGUCAAGAUCACCGCGGUUUCAGUACUGGUGGCCUAGACUUUAUCAGCUCUAGUGGAUAUCCGAAGAUCGAGUUUGCUGCCUCGGGGAGUGAAGAUGAACUAGACAGAACAAUGUCUGGAGCAGAUGACAGUGAAUCUUCUAGUAUUUUCGAGAAUGAUUCUGGAUCCGAGGCUAGCGGUGAACUCAGUCGAGUGCACUCGGGCUCUUACGGCCGCCCUAUUCUCACGACACUCUACAUUCAGAUGGAGUACUGUGAGAAGCAUACACUGCGUGACCUGAUUCGAAAUGGCUUGUACGAUGACAUAGACCGCUCGUGGCGUCUCUUUAGACAGAUACUGGAUGGGCUGAGCCACAUUCACAGCCAUGGCAUUAUUCACAGAGACUUGAAGCCGGAUAACAUUUUCAUCGAUGUCGCCAACAACCCGCGAAUUGGUGACUUCGGUCUUGCCACCAGUGGGCAAUUUACUACUGCGGUACGCUCAUCUGCAGCUGCGGAUUUCGAAGGUGACUUCACGCGCAGUUUGGGGACAACCUACUACGUAGCUCCAGAGAUGAAGUCCGGAUUACCGGGACACUACAAUGAGAAAGUUGACAUGUUUUCUCUCGGCGUCAUUUUCUUUGAGAUGUGCCAUCCCUUGACGACGGGAAUGGAGCGCGAUCACACAUUGCGAUCCAUCAGAGAAAGAUACCAUACCUUGCCUCCUACGUUCAGACAAUCAGAAAAAGUCGUCCAGGGACAGAUCAUUGAGUCUUUACUGAGCCAUGAUCCCUCCGCGCGUCCGACGGCAGCUGAGCUUCUCUCCAGCGGCAGAAUUCCUCUUCAAGUUGAGGAGGAGACGUUCCGGCGAGCCAUUGUUCACCUUUUGUCAGACCCGAGCUCCCCAGACUAUAAGAAGAUUCUAUCUGCUAUAUUCUCUCAGUCCCCGAAGAAGUUCGAGGACAUUGCGUGGGACGUAGAGUCUCAAACGGCUCCUGCCGCGAAUGAGCUUCUCAUUCAAGGUCUUGUCAGGAAGCGACUGACCUCCAUAUUCCGCAGGCACGGGGCAGUCGAGUCGCCAAGACAGAUGUUGUUCCCCCGUUCCCAUCAUUACACCGCUGGUGCCAUGCGGCUGCUGGAUGCUUCUGGCAAUUUGCUACAGUUGCCAUUUGAUCUCACACUUCCAAAUGCUCGAGCGAUUCCGCGGCAAGAUCCUUCCCUCGAGAAGACCUACGCUUUUGGGACUGUUUACAGAGAGUCUACCCACGGUAGCGAGCCACGAACUCAUCGAGAAGUGGAUUUUGAUAUCGUGUCAUACAAUACUCUGGACCUUGCGCUCAAGGAAGCAGAAGUGAUCAAAGUCCUCGAUGAGAUAAUCGAUGAAUUUCCGCCGCUCCGGUCUGCCACUAUGUGCUUUUUGGUCAAUCAUUCUGAUCUUCUUCAGCUCAUCAUGGAGUUUUGCCGCAUAACCCCGUCUCAAAUCCCUCUUGUGACGGAAGUCAUUAGUAAACUCAACAUCGGCAGAUACACCAUGCAAAAAAUCCGAAGUGAGCUCCGAUCUCCGUCCAUUGGAGUUGCAUCGACGUCUUUAGAUGACCUCGCUCGAUUUGACUUCCGGGAUUCACCCAAGGAAACUCUGCGCAGACUGUCGAGCAUCAUGGAAGGCACCGAGUUUGUCGAGCGUCUUGCUCCGAUAUUUGCUCGCUUGAAUGUGCUCAUGAAAUACCUUCAAAGCUUUGGGGUCAAGCGCAAAAUCUAUAUCAAUCCUCUGAGCAGCCUCCACGACAAAUUUUACCGGGGAAGCGUGUUAUUCCAGUGUGUUUUCGACAGUAAGCGCCGUGAUGUGUUCGCAGCAGGUGGUCGGUACGAUCGCUUGAUUCAGGAAUUCGCACCAAAGGCACUGUCGAAUAGACCACAGGCUCAUGCCGUUGGCUUUAAUCUAAGUUCAGACCGGCUGGGCUCUUCCAUGGCCGAGUAUUUAAAGACACGGGCACAGUUGAAAGACACUGAGGGACCAACCGAGAGAUAUUGGACCGCUCGAAGGUGUGAUGUCCUUGUGGCCAGCUUUGAUGCAACUGUCCUUCGCACGAUGGGUGUCAAGAUCAUUGAAGAUCUUUGGAAAAAUGGGAUCAGUGCAGAGCUUGCAGUGGAUACAUCCUCUUUGGAGGAGCUGAUGGCCCGGUAUCGGGAGCACAAUCAUCGCUGGAUCGUCAUCGCUAAACAAGAUAGUAAAGAGCGAGGGUACAAAGUUCGAAGUCUCUUGCGCAAGGAAGAGUUCGAUAUCCGUAGCUCUGAGCUCAUUGCGUGGCUUCGAAGCGAGAUGCAGAUGCAAGCCAGGCAUCAACGGGAUGGCGGUUUCGAUUCUCGCCAGGCUCGCCAGUCUAGUCAACAAGACGCCUCAUUUGCGGGUGAACGGGCGAAUGACGUGCGUAUUCUGGUCCCUCAACACAGGAGCAAGAAAACAAACCGCAGAAACAUCAUCGAAUCUGCGCUACUACACUCCCGUGAGGUUGUUGAGAACGCUCGCAAUGGGCCCAUCGUGGCGAUUGACACUCGUGAUGAUGUGCUUGACUCCAUUCGAAGCACGAGACUUUCCGACCCAGACAGUUGGCGUGCUGUGAUUCAGAAUGCGCCUUUGACCGAGAGAAAGUAUCUUAGUCAGGUGUACGAGUUGCUUAGUGAUCUGGCCUCGGAGGGCCGCUCAGAUGACAAUUCUGAGAAUUACAGCAAUGCCUUUAUCUACAACUACAGAACAGGCUCAUGCAUUUACUAUGACCUCGGCUACGGUGACAAGUGA